GAUUUGACAUGUAUUUCCAGUCUCUGACAUCUCAGGUCUUUGAUUAUUUGACUCUCAAAUACAUUUAGAUGAGUAUGGUAAGUCAUUUUGUUGUAUGUUGUAUAGGUUUCUUGGAUACUCAUAGUAAUUUAUGAAGGUGUAACCAAACAUUCACCAGUAAUUCAGUAUUUGUCAUCAGAUUUUGAAGGUUUGCUUAUGAAAAUGUACUAAAAUCAAAAGCACCAUGGACACUUGACUUAAUUCUGACUUAACCUGGCAUGAUUGUCUUACUCUUCUUACCUAACAUCAACAAGACCACAGCUCUUUCUGUCAAAUCUAUACAGUUAAGUUGCGCACAUAGAAUAUAUUUUGUAAAAACAUAUUGGAUGGAUGCAAAGUAAAGCUUUGUUUAGAUGUAGAAAUGUUUCCUUGAUUUAAAACAGUACUUUAUCUUAUAGUUUGUGCACAAAUCAUCAUGCUUACCGCACUGUCCCAGUGUUCAUUUUGAAAUGCCACACUAUAUGUUCGUGCAAGACCAGGCUGGCACUGAGUGCUCAUAAAUGUGAGGUUAAGUGAUAUUUUUUUUGUGGGCAGAGUUUUUAAGUGACACCAUGUGAGUUAUACCAAGUGUUUGCUGUCUUUGAUGCCGGUGACGCUUGUUCAGUGGUCACUGAGAAACAGAGAGGUUGGUAUCAUACUUUGAACUGUUACCAGACAGGUCGGGCGGCUCGCUCGCUCAGUCACUCACUCACCAGAAUCCUGUGUUACUGAAGCAGAGCUGGGAUAGACAGACGUAAGCUGGAAAAGGGGAGGGGCAGGGCACAUUUGAAUGAGGAUAUUUCUUUUGUGAGUAAGUCUGUUUAGCUUUAGGAAGUAGGAGCUGCUGAUAACUUGUUAAAGCAACACCAUCGUUCCUCUCUCCAUCUACAAAUGUCACUCGUAACUCUGUCCAGAAGGUGUUUCUGAGUGGUCCUGGUAUUCUGCUUCCUCUUCUAGGUCUGUGAUUUUUUAGGAAAGCUGCUUUAUCUUACACAUCUCCAGCUGACAGAGUGGAAAAAACAUGACAAACAUCACUCGACAUAUCGUCACACACCUUCUGACGUUCUCGCUGCAGAAUGGGGAAGUGCGGAACGUUGAGGAAGCUCAGAACCGUCUUUCCUUCCUGGCUCAAAAUAAAAAGCUAUGGAGUCAACAGAUGUACCUGGAUGUGGGAGCAGGGGGCAUUUAUCUCAGAGACGUACAGAGUCAGGACGAGCUGGAGAGCUACGCCUUCAGAUCCAUCUUCCGCUGUGAAGCUGUUAACACAGAAAAACACUUCCCAUCCCUCCUUAUGUUAGUCUGCCAAGGUGAAGAUCAGAAGAAGCCAGACAUUCACUUCUUUAACUGUGAAACGGUGAAGGCAGAGCAAAUCUGCGACGAAGUCACGUUGGCAGUUUCGAAUUCCACCGCCAGCAAGAGUAAGCUGCCCCCUGAUGACCACAGGCUUUCUCAGAGUGGAGGAGAUAUGUUCGACCCCUAUAACAUACCAAGUCCUCCUGUGCUGCAUGCUCCUAAUCCCCCACCUGUCAACCCUCCACCUUACCCUGGACCCAGAGCAAAUGGCGGACCUGAUAUCUCUUUCCUGCGAGCAGAGAGAGAAGUGGGGAUCCUUAAUCACUGUUUCGACGAAAUCGAGGCCUUCAUGGGCAAGCUGCAGCAGACUGCUGAAGCUGCGACGGUGCUGAACCAAAGAAAGAAGAAGAAGAAGAAAAGUAAAAAGCAAAGCGCUGAAGACGAGCUACUCGCCACAAAGGCUCGCCCUCCACCAGAUGGGGAAUUCGUUGAUAUCUUCCAGAAAUUCAAAUAUUGCUUCAGCCUCUUGGCUCGCCUGAAAUCAACCAUCACCAAUCCUUCUUCAGAGGACCUCAUUCACCAUGUGUUCAAGCCUCUGGAUAUGAUGGUAAAAACAACAGGAGGACCAGCUUUUGGAGCCGCCAUAUCCAGUCCUGCCCUGACCAGCUCUGCUGUGUCCCUUCUACAAGAUACCCUGACUGAGGAGGAGAGGCAGCUCUGGACGUCGCUGGGACCCAACUGGACACACCCUCGGUCUCAGCUGCGUGGGCCUGUAGCUCCAUACACCCCAGUGUUCUUUGAUGGCUGGAAGCCAGAAGCCUUGAAGCCUGACGGGCAGGUUUGGGAGGAUCCGGUCGAGUCACAGCACAAACUCGAAGCCCUUCGAGAAAAACAAGAGCAACAACCACCUCAGCCACCAAACGAUGACACAAAUUCACUCCCACCGGGGCCUGACAGACUCUACUGCUGCAGUUAUGACUUCAUUGCCAGGAACAGCAGUGAGCUUUCAGUGCAGCAGGGGGAGACACUGGAGGUGAUCGAGUCAUCCAAGCGCUGGUGGAAGUGUCGCAAUCGGUUUAACCAGGUCGGCUUCGUCCCCUUCAACAUCCUGGAGCCCAUGGCUCACAUAGAGAGCCCUGUCCACAACAACCCCCCCAGUGUUCCAGCUGCGCCUCCACUUUCCAAGAAUGUCACUCUUGCCCCACCCACCCCCCCUGCUCUUCCCAAAACCACCCCCACCCACUCCCCACAGCGCCCACACAGCUUACCAUCAUACAACCAGCAUGUGCAAGCUGUUGAGGACAAUGACAAAGUCACGCUGGUAAAUGAUGAGCUGCUCCAGAGACUGACGAAUGGAAAGUCCAAUAUGAACAAACCCCUCGUCAUCCCUCGCUCUGCUGACACCUCCCUCCCCCUUGACUACCACUCUCCUCCAGAGGAGGUGGCUGAGUGGCUCAGAGGGAAGGGCUUCAGCAAACCGACAGUGUCAUGUUUGGGUGUGCUGACAGGCGCCCAGCUGUUCUCUCUCAACAAAGAAGAGCUGAAAGCUGUGAUUCCAGAGGAGGGUGCCAGAGUGUACAGUCAGCUCGCUGUGCAAAAAUCACUGCUAGAGGAUGCCAGAAGGGCCACAGAGCUGGAGGCAGUCAUGGAGAAACAGAAAAUGAAGGUUGAUCUGAAGCUGGAGAGCAGUACAUUGUGAGGAACAGCGUCCACAUUGUGAAGAGCGUUACAUGAAGGACUGUUUUCCCGUCCCCAGAGACCGAACAUGUGGCAGUGACUUGACUAUCUAACAUUAAAUCACGGCAUGAGGGUCACUACGGUAUUAUUACCUGAUGUUAAAACCGAGCUUUCUGUCAGCAAUAUGAGACGUAGGAAUUUAAGGUGCCGUGCAAACUAAAGGGGACUGAUUUUGCUUUUCCUUAUUUUAUGCCAUAUAUGUACAGUUAGUGUUUUUUGUGGAUGCUCAUAUUAAACAUGGACACAGUUUCAAACAGCGAUCGGAGCACGUACAAGUAAACCAGGAGUCAAAAGGUCAGAUUUCAAAGGCCUCCACCAAUUUUUAUGGAAUGUUUUUUCUACUCUUGGCUUUGUACAGUGGUGCAAAUAUGACACACCUCAGGUACACAGCUCCUCAGGUACACAGCUCCUCAGGUACACAGCUCGGGCUGUUUAAACCCUUUGGUUGCAAGGGCCAGCCAAUCAGAAGAAGGCUGGCUUAAAGAGAGGGGAAACGGAACUAGUGGUUUGUUCCAGGAUGAAUUGAGGUGUUGGACUUAGGCCCAGUAUAAAAAAAUAAGAAUUAAUCUGAGCUGUGAAUCUUGCAGUGGUUCUCCAGUAGAACGCAAUAAAUCUAAAAAUGGAAAUGAGUGUAAGAGAUCCCCUUUAAAUAUUUUAACACUGCAGUGCCCCGUUUGUAAUGCAUGUUCAUUUUAGUGUAACAGCUGUCUUCUUCUCUGCCUAAUU